UCCCCCUUCCUUAAAAACGCCGUGUCUGUGCGUCCCUCCCUCAUAUCGUCUGAAGCCUGGCUCUGAGGAUGGACUGUGCACUGCUGCUGCUGUCCCUGUGGGCUCUGACUGGAGCGGUGUCCCCGCAGGCUUCAGGGUCGUGUCCGGAGAGACUUCUGGGACAGGAGCGGAGGAGGACGUGUCCUCGGCCCUGCAAAGCCGACAGAGACUGCGGCAGCAAGCGCCAGUGUCUGUGUGACGGCCAGUGUGGCCUCAGCUGUGUGGCUCCAGGUCGUACUUGUCCCUGGCCUCUACCCUCCGGUGAAAACUCAGUGGCUCACCUCCUCUCACCCACUCACUCCUUCUCUGCCCUGCUUGAAGUGCGCUGCAAGCCUGGAUUCACGCUGGCCAACGGCUUGGAUGCCACUAUUCGCCGUUGUCAAGGUGACCGACAGUGGAGUGGGGAUGAGCCCAUCUGUACAGAAGCUCAGUCAGCAGAACCUGCUGCUGCCCAAACCUGCCCUCUGCCGGAGGAAAUAAUCAGCACCUUCAGCAUCCAGGGUGACGCUGCUGUAGGAACUUCCAUCCGCUACAGCUGCCUGUCUGGAGCCGAUAUAGUGGGGAGCAGUGAGAAUUUCUGUCAGGACAAUCAGACCUGGCAGUAUCCUCACCCCAUCUGUAAAAAAGUGUACUGUCAGCCUCCUCGAGAGGUGGAGCAGGGCUACGUGGUGGCUGUCCAGAAGACUGAGUAUGAAGUUGGCUUUGACAUCCACUACCUUUGCAAGAAAAACUUCCUCAUGGACGGACCCCAGAAGGUCACCUGCCUGUCGAAUGGCAGCUGGAGUGCACCACCCCCGUACUGCAGAGCCCGCUGUCUCAUCCCUGCGGAGAGAAGCCACGUGGUCAUUGGUGGAGUGAAGCGCUGGCCGUUUGACGUUACGGACGCCAUGGUUCCUCAUGGGGAAAGUGUGGCGUUCUUCUGCAAACAUCCUAGCCUUCAGUGCAGCCUUACUGCAGUCCAGACCUGUUUUGAUGGAGCGCUGCAGCCCCCAGCAUGCUACCUUGAGCCCACAUGGUUACAGUAUAAGCUCUUCCCUCACCGGCUGGUCUCUGAGAUUGAUGCGUGUGAAUCCGGCGACGUGGAGUGAUGACCUGUCUGACCUUUACUCACCUGACACUCGUGACACCGUGUCACAACACGAAAAAACCUCUGCAGCACCCCUGACCUAUAGUGAAGUCCUCCACUGCAUCCUUGACAAUUAUGAUCUGUUAGAUGCUAAAUAUUCUUUCAACAGCUCUUGCAGAUCUGCAAGCGAAGCUGUCUCUCCCCUGCACACUAUCAAACCGCAGGUGUGAUUAUAACCUUGAGUAUUACUGUGAUCCUCCUCCAGCUUGAGCCAGUGCGUACUGCGGAUGCAAUCCACAGGCCUAUGUGAUGAUGUAUAUAUAUAAUGCAUUAAUACAUGCUAUACCAGUUAUGCCGGUGACAAAGCCUUCGUGUAACCUAACUCAUAAUGACUCUGUGAUUUAUCUCACUGUGCGAUUCUUCCUUUCAUCUGUUGAGCCUGACGCAUCAAGUCUCGAGGCUUGUAAGUUUAAAUGAUUGAUGAGUGAUUUGAAAUAAAUAAAAUAAUAAUAACAUCAGAA